UGAAAUUCAUGCUCUGUUCGAACUGAAUUCGCACCGUGCCUUCUGAAUAGUCAACUCUGCCCCUGUUUUGGUUUUCUGGGGUCGAUCUUGAUUUGCGAGGGAAGAAGAGAUAUGGUGUCGUCGCCGCUCGAUCUGUUGAAGGAGCAUCUCCCCGUGGAGCAAGGCUCCGUGGUUCUGUCCGGGGACGUCAAGACCGGUCUCGUUCUUGUCGAUGUCGUGAAUGGGUUCUGCACGGUCGGUGCUGGGAAUCUGGCACCUAGGCAGCCCGAUAAGCAAAUCCAGGAUAUGGUCGAUGAGUCGGUGAGACUUGCUCGAGUCUUCUGUGGGAGGAAUUGGCCUGUUUUCGCUUUCCUAGAUUCUCAUCACCCAGAUGUUCCUGAGCACCCUUAUCCUCCGCAUUGUAUAGUCGGAACGGAUGAAGCAAAGCUGGUACCAGCCCUGGAGUGGUUAGAGAAUGAACCGAAUGCUACCCUAAGGGCUAAAGACUGUAUCGAUGGCUUUCUCGGUUCAAUGGAGAAAGAUGGUUCUAAUGUAUUUGUAGACUGGAUCAAAAGCAAUCAAAUCCAAGUGAUACUUGUGGUGGGGAUCUGCACAGAUAUUUGCGUUCUCGAUUUCGUGUGCUCCGCCUUGUCAGCAAGAAAUCGCGGUCUUCUUGCCCCUCUAGAGGGUGUGAUUGUGUACUCACGUGCCUGUGCAACUUUCGACAUUCCCGUUGAUGUUGCCAAAAUGGCUAAGGACGUUACUGCCCAUCCACAGGAUCUCAUGCAUCACAUUGGACUUUACAUGGCCAAGGGAAGGGGAGCCAAGGUAGCAUCGGAGGUGUUGUUUGGCGCUUGAAACAUUGCUUGUUGGCAGCUGUAAAUAUUGAGAAUUUGUUUAUAUGUAAUAAUUACUUCAAUGUUGAUACAAUUUGAUGAUAUCUAAGUGGAUAACUGCGGUAUUGCCUAUUAA